ACACGCGCGUAUUCGUCGAAUAGUGCCGCGCCUGUGCAUCCACGGUGAACGCUGCUUUCUUUCUCCGCGACGACAGAUGUAAAAAGGCGGAAGACGAGGUUUUCUCAAAGGGUUGCACGAGAGAAAAUUCUGCACGAGAUGUUGCCACCAUGUAAACGUGCCUCGGGAGUGGAAUAUUAACACGACAAGAUAGUGAAUGCGGUUUUUUUUUAAUCGUCGGAAAGUACGAGGGCGGAGCAAGUCUGAAUAAGCGCAAGUAAACGACUCUGAAGGCAUCUCUUUGGCAAAAAAAUGUCAGUUCGUUUCCCGGAAAUGUUGAGAAGUGGAUCGGAAGUGGAAGGCGGUUUGUCCGGACCAGCAAAUCCGAUACCCAGUCAGUCAAUCGAUUGCGGCUGCGGACAGAUGCAGUGCCCGAAAUUGGCGAAAUUCGCAACGCGAAAACUGUUUGUGGGAUUAAUUUGUUGGAUUGGUGUUGUGCAAGCUGCAUCGUAUGCUUAUUUUCAUGUGACAGGAUCUACGAUAGCCAGAAGAUUUCAGCUUGAUCCUUAUUUAAUGAACUGGAUUAUUGUUACGGCAGAACUGACUCCUUUCAUCCUUGGAUUGGUGGUGGCAUAUUGGGGCGACAGAAUACACAGAGCUUCAUGGAUUGGAGCUUUAACCCUGUUGCAAAGCGUUGCGUAUUUUCUUUUGAUAAUACCUCACUUAACACAUCGCGUUCGUGUGGUCGAAGAAGCGGAAAAUGUCACUCACAUGUCAUUAUAUGCAGACGAUAGCCCAGAAUUAUGCAGUUCUGGCUUAUCCAGGAUCAUUAGUGAGGAAAACGAGUCUUGCUACUCCACUAUGGCUAUAUUGAUUAUAGUACUGAUCGUAGCUGGGAUUGCAAACAUCGCAUAUUACGCACUGGGGAUUUCUUAUUUGGACGAUAAUACGAAGAAGCAACACGUGACCGCCUUCAUCGGCGUGAUUGUCGCCGUGAAGAUCAUCGGGGUUCUUCUCGGGUACCUUUUGGGCUGGGGAUGUCUUCGGAUAGACGCGGAAAAUUUCAGCAUCGUGACGUCAUAUCAGGAACAAAUCGGAGCGUGGUGGCUUGGAUUUCCAAUCCUCUCCAUAUUAUUGGUGGUUCCUGGCUUGCUGCUUUCGUGGUUCCCCAGAAGACUGCCCUCAGAGAUUGUUGAGCAAGCCGCGGCCUCGCUUCUCGAUGCGGCUGCAAAUCGAGCGCCUCACCGAACGACCACUAGUCAGAAAGUCGGCAGUCCGGAUUUUUGGCCGUCGUUGUGCAGAUUGAUUACCAACAGAAUUUUGAUGUGCAACAUCGUGGCGACGGUAUUCUACGCUGUGGCACUCGUCAAUUUUAUGGCCCUCGAGGAUAUAAUUUUGGAGUCUAGAUUCCACAUGCCCAGACCGACAGGAAUGCUCCUUGGAUUUAGCGAUCCUUUGUCAUCCAGAUUAGUCACGAACAUUGUGAGACCUGUUCUAAUCGGGCUGAUCUUAAUUAUCAGCGGUUUAGUGUUAGCUAAAGCAAAACCACGGGCAAGAUUUAUCAUCAGUUACAGUCUCGUCAUCGUACUCUUGACAAUAGCGAUUAUCAUCUCGCUAAUCUUUGCCACUUGCAACAAGCCGCCUAUCAUUGGCCUGGAUAGAAACUACGAAAAGUUGUUGAAAUAUUGCAACAAGAAUUGUCAUUGCUCGAAAGACGCCGAUUUCCGACCAGUUUGCGAAAGUUCGGGAAAAUUCACGUAUUACAGUCCUUGCUACGCCGGUUGCACCAAAAUCAUUUACGUUGACAAUGUGAAGAUCUACAGCGAUUGCAGUUGCGUGCAGGAUAUGACAGGGUGGGGUAAUGACCAAGCGAAAGAUGGCCCGUGCGAUUCGACUAAAUGUCAGGUCGGCUGGAUGCUUUUUGAGUUCGGCUCUUUGCUGGCGUACGCGCUAAUGGCAACCACUUUCAUAGGCGAUUUAUUGAUUAAUAUAAGAUCCGUCUACAAGCAAGAUAAAGCCAUUAGCAUAGGCUUUUGGAUGAUGUGGCUCUCAAUUUUCGUCUACGUCCCCGGCAAAAUUCUUUACGAGCUCGUCGCACGUCAAGCGUGUCAAUAUUGGGGCAGUGAGAAAACAAUUUGCCAUUUACACAAUAGCGAAAAACUUGGAGAUUACUUGUGUUACUUUACAAUAUUAUUCUUGUCGUUAAGUCUUUUAUUCAAAAUUGUCGUGUGGUUCUUCUGCAAGAAUUUACAGCUGUACGAGGAAGUCGAAGAUAAAGACUACGAAAAUGGGGCGCUCCAAACGUUAAUAGAACAAGCAGCGGAAACUAAUAGAGCAAUUGAGCAACAAGGAACUUCAAUUGACGACAACAAUACGAGACAAGUGGAGGCGAUUAUCGAGCCGGAAUCGAGGUCGCCGGAGACAACAGUGCCGGAAGAGGAUCAGCCGAAGGAAGAGGAAGGUGCCCAAAAAAGCGCACCUUUGAAAUACGGCCCGUUAGGCCCGGGCGAUCGUCGCUCGAGUUCGAACCUUCCUACUACGAAUCAGAAUUCGCGAUCGACGAUCCGAAAUCUCGACUCCGACGACGAGUUGGAUAGCUCGAGCGACGAGAGUAAGAAGCGAUCGCAUCCACAGAUCGCUUACAUGCCCCUGGAACUCGACUCGGACGUCGAGAGCGAUCUCGGCGGUGUCGGGCCGAGAUCGAGGAAGCGUGUUUCGGGCAAGGAUUUCGACGAGCCGGAUAAGAGCGAGAGCGAUCGACCUAAGAACUCGUCGUUGAAACGCCGAUUCCCGAAUCCCGAUAAUUACGGGGAUCCGCGAAGAGCCGGGCAUGCCCGAUUCAGGAAUCUAAAUGACGACCGGGAUGACGGCUCCUCGACGACAAGUAGUUUCGAGUUCGCGAAGAAGGGUCAAGAGAGCGACGUACCGCGGCAGGGCGACUUCAACGAAGUUGGCAUACCGAUAGUGGAUCCGCUUCCGGACAUAAAGGGCAACUCGGCCGGCGCCAACACGGCGCACUUGAAGGACGUCAAGUCGCUGAUCGAUCGAUAUGAGCAGAACGCGAGUCAGGAAACUCUGGACGGAGAUCAGUUAUCGGUGAAGUCGAUGGAGGGUACGAGGAGUCGGCCGGAGAGCAAACUGGGUGUACCACUGGUGGCUAUGGUGCCUGGCAGGUCGUCCUCUCGAAGACAAUUCUCUUCCGGCUUCGGCAGCCUGCCGGACGUGCAGAAUAAGAGUUCUGAUCCGCGCGCGGAAGGGCGCAAAACGCCUAGCCCGAAGCACUCCGCCAAAGAGAGGCAACUAGCGUACAAUCAAACUGACCUUUGAAACCUAUGAUCGCUCCUAGCGAAUGACGCGUAAUAGCCGCGGUAGCCAUGUUUCUAAAAAUAUUUACGGUAGAGCGAGUGAUCUAUUAGCGGAAUGAAGCAUUAUCGCGAUAAAUUUAUAUCUCCGAGCGAUAAGAUAUUCGAAUAGUUUACUGCAACCAUAAAAGCGUUAUACUAUUUUUGUCACCUGUCACAUCUGAGACAUAAAACAGCCAACUUAAUUUUGAUAGAUAAAAAGUAAAUUUUCACGAUGUUUUUCUUUCAUUGCCAAUCGUCAUUUUAUCGUUGGUUGACCUAAUUGUCACACGCCCGCAAAACUGAUAUGACUGAUAAAUGACUGAUAAAUAUUUAUUUGCAUCCGUGUAAGUUUUUCAAAUCUUUCGAAUAAAAGAGAGCAGGCUGAUAAAACGUUUGCUGCGUAUAAUGACGUCCAGUAUAAUAAUAGUUUUUUUGAUAUUUAAUAAAAGUUCAUCGUAUUUUAA